UUCAUAUUAAGUGUCAUUGUAGAUGAAAUUUUUCGUUGCAAAAUAAGUGUUGUUUUAGAUUUUCGAUGCAUAAUUUAUUGAUUUUAUUCUGCAGAUUAUUUUUCGAUUUAUUUUUCUAUUGAUUGAAAUAUGAUUAGGUGUAUGAGUAAUAAUGUUUUUAUAUGGAAAACAUGCAAAAUUAAAUGAUUUCUUAAUUUGUGUACAAAAGUCUCAAACGACACUUGUUCAGAAACAGAAACAGGGGAGUAAAGAUAAGAGGCGCCAGCUCAUACUGUAAAACUUUAGUUAGCUAAGUUAAACAUAUAAAUAUGUUCAGAUUCUUGGAAAAAAAGAAGUUAAAAUGGUUACAAGUGGGAGUAAUGGCGUAUAUAUACACUUUUAUGUUUGAGAGUUUAAAACAAUUGUGAUUAUACAAAACAUUUUUCCUAAAUAAAAAUUAGUUAAAAGUACAUUUACUGUGAAGAGGAUAUACAAAACUAAAUUAGUUAUAACUGCAUUCAACUAACGGGUAUACAUAUAAAAAAAUGGAGUCAUGGUUUGAAAAUAUAAGCUACAAGUUUUCAAAAACUGAGGACACAUAAAUAGGGGACAGACAAAAUUCAAAGUUGGAAUCCAAGGCAACAAGAGAGGAUAUCCCCCACAUUAUCAUAAACACAAUCAGUUAAUUUCCUACACCCUAUCAGAAAGCUCAUAAAAUCAAAUGAGCCCACACUCCUUCAAUUAAGUUCUUCACCCACGCAUUUAGUGGGUCACACAAACUCUUAUGACUUGUAUGUCCCUCCACACUUCUAAUUUUUUCAGCAUUCAGAACUUUUUACUGUAACCAUAUCCGGAAAAUAAAACUAUUGAAAGUUAUAUUUCUAUUAAGGAGUUACAUAUCACAUUAUUUGUUGUUAUAUAAAUAUCUGAUAUUGCAUCCUAUCAUUUCCACAGAUCUAGCACAGAAAGAGACUUGUGAUAUCAUCCAAGUCUCCCCAUCUUCAAAACCCUAAUUAAAUAAUGUCUAUGAAAGGGGUCUCAUCAGCAGAACCAGAUAAGAUCUCCAAGAAAAUAUAUUUCCACAAGCGUAACGAUGCUCACUCCGGCGAGCUUGACGUGUUCGAGGCCGCCGUGUACUUCUCCGGCUACAACGAGUUCUCCUCCUGCGACCAUAGACACACACAUAAGCAUGGCUAUAACGCCGCAAGAGAGGAGAAUCGAAGGCGAUGGGGAAUAUUGGGAGGAGGGAGAAGAAUAAGCUUGGAUUUACCGAUUAGAUGUUCAGAGCAGGUGCAUCAUCUUCACCAAGACCAUCUUGAGAAGCCAGAAGUCAAAGCAAUCAAAGAGAUGACUAGUAACGUGAGAUACAAGCAACCAAGCUCACCGGGUGGGAAAAUCGUCAGCUUCUUGAACUCUUUGUUUCAUCAAGCGGGUUCGAAGAAGAACAAGUCGAAGUCAAAGCCAACGGACCGAGAAGUUGAUGAGGAGAUCCAUGGAGGAGGAUGGAUGAGAAGGAGGAGGAGAAGUAGUAUCAGCCAUUUCUUGAGUUCAAGCAGAUCUAAUUCAACCACCACAACGACAGCAUCAGCAUCAUCAAAAUCUCUGUUGUCGUCUUCAAGCUCCGGUUUCAGAACUCCUCCUCCGUAUUCAAACACUCCCACCAAGAACUACAAGCAGUUCUUGAAUUUCACUUCCGCCACAAACCAAGUGGAAAUACAAGAGGAAAAGAAAGUAAACAAAGAGUUGUCUUGGCUUGAUGAGAAACUUAAAGUGAUGGAGAGUCUCUCAGAGAAAAAGAAGGCGUGGAGUGACCAUGAUGAUGAUGAUGAUCAUAGGAGAAUAAAGAGACAGGGAGAUGAUGACGAUGGAAUGGAGAGUGAUUCAAGUUCUGAUCUCUUUGAGUUGCAGAACUACGAGUUAUCUCGUGGAGGCUUGCCAGUUUACGAGACUACCAAUGUAGCUAACAUCAACAACACUCAUCUAUAAUCUCUGUCUCCGAGUGUCAUGAUGAAACCCAUCAGAUCUUGAUAAAACCCCCAUGAAACAAUAUUUUUAGUUGUUAUUGUCUGAGUAUUCUGCAGCUUAAAUGUAAUUCUUUUGAAUUUCUGGGAUUUGAUUGUGGAAGUGUUUUUGUAUGAGAUUUGAGGGUAGUUUUGAUAAAUACAUAGUUUUCUUGUCUCUCUCAUGGAUUUUCUUUUGUUUCCACUUAAUAACGUAUUUUCCUUCUAAAAAUAAAUUUUAUGAGCUUGUUA